AUGUCGACCCAAACAAUACAGCAAGUGCAACGCCGCCCUCUGACUACUACUACUAUCAUGGGCACCGGAUUUAUCCCCCAUGAAAAUGUUUUGAGCUACCAUAGCUCCUCUUCUAGCCAGGAUUUACCACAUAUGAACUUCCGUUCUUUCGUCGAGACACUCAAGGAGGAUAACGAUCUAGUGGAGAUCAACGAUGAAAAAGAUCCCAACCUGGAAGUCUCCGCAAUAAUUCGCAAAGUCUGCGAAACAAACGACUACGCACCGCUCUUCAACAACGUCAAAGGAGCUCAUAAUGGUUUCUUUAGGAUACUAGGCGCUCCAGCAUCUUUAAGGAGUGGGAUCCGUGACCGCUACGGCAGGCUGGCGAGGCAUCUCGCCCUCCCCGCCGAUUCCUCCAUGAAACAGAUUAUCGACAAGAUGCUCUCGGCCAAAACAAUGAAGCCGCUCACGCCUACUAUUGUAAAGAGCGGUGCAUGCAAGGAGAAUAAGAAGUUUGGGGACGAAGUCGACCUUCUCAAGCUUCCGGUUCCGCUUAUCCACAAGGCCGACGGCGGGAAAUACAUCCAAACAUACGGAAUGCACAUCCUACAAAGCCCCGACGGCAAGUGGACGAAGUGGAGCAUUGCCCGCACUAUGGUUAAGGACGAUAAACAUUUGGUCGGCCUGGUGAUCCCUCCACAACAUAUCUGGGAAAUACAACAAAUGUGGAAGAAGGAAGGCAAGGAUAUCCCGUGGGCACUUGUGCUUGGUGUCCCGCCGGCUGCCAUCAUGGCUUGCUGUAUGCCGCUUCCAGACGGUGUCUCCGAAGCAGAGUACGUUGGCGCUAUGACAGGGACCGCCGUGGAAGUUACAAAAUGUGAGACGAAUGAUCUUUAUGUCCCUACGACCUCUGAGAUCGUGUUCGAAGGCAAGCUGUCGAUCACUGAGACGGGGCAGGAGGGUCCGUUCGCUGAGCUGUACGGCUAUAUCUUCCCUGGAGUUCGUCACAAGUGCCCGGUAUAUCGUGUCGACUGUAUCACGCACCGCGAUAACGCUAUUCUCCCUGUAUCCGCCUGUGGUCGUUUGACGGAUGAGACGCACACCCUUAUCGGCCCUCUCGUCGCCGCCGAAAUCCGCCAGCUCUGCCAGGAAACCGGCCUCCCAGUCAAGGAGGCCUUCACACCCUUCGAGUCGCACGUGACGUGGUGCGCGCUGCAGAUUGACACAAAAGCGCUGCGGGCCAUGAAAACGACGAGCGCCGAGUUCAGCCGCAGGAUCGGCGACCUGAUCUUCAACCACAAAGUGGGCUACACAAUCCAUCGCCUCGUCCUGGUUGGCGAAGAUAUCGACGUCUACAAGUUUGAAGAUGUCAUCUGGGCGUACACGACGCGCUGCCGCCCACAUGACGACGAGGUCUACUACGGCGACUGCAAGGCUUUCCCCUUUAUCCCGUAUAAUGCCCAUGGCACGCAUAACCCCGUCAAGGGCGGCAAGGUCGUCAGUGAUGCGUUGUUGUCUGCGGAGUAUACGACGGGCAGGACUUGGGAGGCUGCGAGCUAUAAGGAGAGUUAUUGGGAGGGCGUCAAGGCCAAGGUGGAUGAGGAGUGGGUGGGGAUGGGGUUUAGGGAGGAGUAG